AUGCGGGUAUACGUGUUGCUGCUGGGGCUCCUGGCGCUAUUGGCUUCAGCGCAGGACCCAUCCCAGACUGGUACGUCAGAUUUUGCCGCGCUUGCUGUUCAUAAUCUCCCCUUCAUCUCUGUUCUAAUGCCGCAAUAUCUUAGAAUUGGCCGAGUCUAGAUUAGAAUUCAUUUCGUCAGAAUCUUGUCCGGAGAUGACCGUUUUGUGGCGUAUUCUGAUAUUUCAAGCAUAAGGUUUCCUAUCUACUCCGACAUACAGCUGAAGAUGGUUCCUCUCUCAGGGUUCAUCAGCAUAGACUGCGGCCUAGAAAGCAAUUCAAGCUACGUAAACCCGGGCAACAGGAUCACCUACGCCCCGGAUGCCAAAUACAUUGACACCGGAGUAAACCAGAUCGCUCCCCAAAAGUUGAUAUGUCAAAACUUCACCGUUUCUACUCGACCCUCCGGAGCUUUCCAGAGGGGAUUCGGAACUGCUAUACGUUGGGACCCGUCAUAAGAGGCGGGAAGUACCUGGUGAGGGCUGUGUUCAGUUACGGGAACUACGAUGACCGGAAUCAGCCGCCAUCAUUCGACGUCUAUCUCGGCGUCCACUUCUGGGAGACCGUUGCUCCACUGGACCUGUCCCGACUGGAGAUCAUCACCGUUGCCCAGAACAAGUCGCUACAGGUAUGCCUCGUCAACACGGAUAAGGGGACGCCCUACAUAACGGCAAUAGAAUUGAGGCCACUUCCGGAUACCAUGUAUCCGUUGGUGAAUGCAUCGCAAUCGCUAAUUCUCCGGGAUGACCGGACGAACCAUGGUGGCUCUGAGAUAACGCGGUCUGGCUCCUUGCACAUCUCUCUCUCUCUCUCUCCCUCUCUCCCUCCCUCUCUCUCUCUGUCUCUCUCUCUCCCUCUCUCCCUCCCUCUCUCUCUCUGUCUCUCUCUCUUUCUGUCUCUGCCUCUGUCUCUGUCUCUGUCUCUGUCUCUGCCACGGUGACAGAAAUUCUUACAAUCCAAACCUCAGGUACCCUGAUGACCCAUAUGACCGAAUCUGGUUCCCCGCUGAUAACCAGACAGGGUGGAAACCGAUUAAUACCAGCGCUAAAGUUAGUGCCAUCGACGGCGACGAGUUCCGUGCGCCAUCCGCCGUUCUGAGAACCGCUGUGACGGCGUCAUCUCUCGCCGAGAGCAUUAACUUCACCGUAGGGACGAGCGGAGAGAAAUCUAUUUAUUUGAUCGUCCAUUGCGCCGAGAUCCGUCAGCUCCAGCCCAAUGAAUCGAGGGAGUUCAAAAUCCUCGCUAAUGAUGAAAGGUGGCUGGGAGCAACUAAUCUGAAGUACCUGCAGUCUUGGUACGUCUACACUCUUCCUCCUGGGCAGACAGGGACGGUGACUUAUUCUAUCCAGGCCACGGGGAACGCCACCAUUCCUCCCCUCCUCAGCGCCCUAGAGGUGCAUAAAAUGAUCCAUAUGGACACAGUUCCUACUGAUGCAGCUGACAGUGAGCUCCUCGUCCCUGUUCCUCUGUCCUCUAAAUUAUUCCAAUUUCGACGCAUUUGAUCGUCAUGUUUGAUCAUCUGUGUCUCAAGCAUAAUUAGAACGAUUAUUCUCAUUUAAAAAUGUAAAACCUGCAACAAAAUUUUGCUUCUCAUUUAAUGUAUUAGUAGCAUAUACCUGAAACAAAAGGUUUCUUGUCAUUUAAUGUCAUAUCACAUGAACGUUUUUUCUUUGUUUUUCCGUGCACAGUUUUUUCUAGCAGGCUCUUAUGUAUUCUCAGUCACUGAAAGCGCCUUGGUUUCAGUUGAUGCCAUCUCCGAGGUGAAAAAGUAUUAUAAUUUAAAGGCUUGGAUGGGGGAUCCAUGCGUUCCGUCGAAUCUCACCUGGGACGGCCUCAACUGCAGUUACAAUGAAUUCGAGAACCCAAGGAUAAUUUCUCUGUAAGGUUUUUAAUCAGAAACUAGAUUAUGGAGAAUUAACUUCAGCCUUGUACCAGAUAACAAAAACGUUUUACAUUUAUUUCCGUUUUACAGAAAUUUAUCUCGUCGUGGACUUGGACUAGGCAUUAGUCCAUCGAUAGCAAAUCUUACAGCCCUAACAUCUCUGUAAGUCUCAAGACGUUCUACUAAUGGUUACACUAAUUUUUCGUCGCAGUUGAUGGAAUAAUGUAAAUUUAUUUCUUGAAAAUAUGGAGAUUUUAUUCCGGCUGAGACAUCUAGAUAUUUACAUGCAUGCAUACACUAUUGUCAUCAUCCUACUUCUUAGUGAUGAAAAGGAAACCCUAAGCACUGUAGAUGUCUUCACGUAAAAUUCAAAAAACCUUGUAUUGGGGUGUAAAUAUGGUUGGUUGGAACACUGAAUCUUAUUAGGUUUUCGACCUAAAUCGGUUGUCUGAAUUACAGUUGAUUUAAUCAAAGACCUAUCUACGAAAGGACCAAAUAGAAUCGUGAAUAUCUUCUAACAGAUGAGAGUACAGAAGUUAGUUAAAUAUGAAAUCAGAUAUGAAAUAUUCUUCCUGAUGAUAAUUCUAUAAGGAGUGAUUUCUGUUGAGUUCUUUUCAUGCUAAUAAACUGAUUAAAUACUCGACAGUUGAUCAUUUAUUUCAUUCGCUUGGAAAAAUAAUAGACAAGUGUAUCACAAUAAUGAGUACCCUCCGCGGCCAAGGAAUAGUGCAAAUGUUCACAGUUAUCAUUUUUCUUUUCAGGGACUUGUCUCAUAGCAACCUAACUGGUGAAAUUCCUGGCGAUCUAGCAGAGCUGCCAAAACUUAAAUUCAUGUAAAUUUCACAUACUACGUUAUUGAUUUUCAUAGUUUAUUAUAACGUUAACUAUUUUUCCAUAUUUUUUUAGAAACUUGGCAGAUAAUCAAUUGAGCGGGCAAGUGCCCAAGAUCCUCUUAGAAAAAUCACAAGCUGGCUCGCUCACAUUAAGGUCGGUCUAUUAUUUCCAAAUUUGAGCCAUACUUGUAGUCCAUAUCAAUAUAACAGUGUUAUAGUAAAUAAAAAUAACAGUACGAAUAAAUUGCUUGCAUUUGCAAAUGUUUUGCAAAUUUCUUUUAUUUGGCCAAAGACAAUCAAGUUAAAUAUUUUAUGGAAACUACAAACGCAUUUAAUGAUAUAUAACACAUUUGGGGAGUUUUAUAACACUUUUAUUUCAAAAGAAAAUGGUCCAAAAAUUAAUAUGCUAAGCUAAUUGGAUAACAGAGUCCCACUGUUUAGAUUAACGAAAUAUUUUUUUUUCCAGUUAAUUUAUUCCAUACUUUUUAUUGAUAAAACUCAUACUAUGCUGUAAUUUAAAUGGUUAGAAUUCAGAUUAAGUACUAAUGCUACAUUAAUUUUAAUAAAAAAAUAUCUUAUCAAUAAUUGAAAGCAUUAUGACACCAUUGUUACUGAUGUUCUAAUCGAAGAAAUAUCUCAAAUCUGUCUCCACUCUUUUUUUAUUGUAUUAUUUCUAUUUCUUGGAUAGUGUAAGCCUUUGAGAUAGUAGAAAAUGCUGCUUGAGAUAGGACCCAAUAAAUUAUUACUCAAAUGAUGAUAGAGGAUGUAGAAGGAAAAAUGCAAUCUUAUACUUUCAUCUUUCGAUCUUAUUACAUCAAAAAUCCUCACAGAUGUAAGAAAACAAGGAGUUAAAUCGCCUACAAUGAUAGAACCUUUAAAACAGGUCGAAUCCUACUUUUAAUAUGCACUAGAUAAUCUGCUAUUCACAGUCCAAUGAUAUUUGUUGCUUAUUUUUUCUGAAAGCUCAUCGAUUAGUGGUUUUCUUUGCUGGAUUAUGACUAAUAUAAGAUCACUCAUCAUUGAUGUUUAUAUGGAAAAAUUUAGUAUUGAGGGCAACUCAAGGCUUCUCACAGAAGAGAAUCCACAUGAGAAAAAGAAAAGCAAAAAGGGGAUUAUUUUGGCGGUUUCAAUUGCUGCACCAGCAAUUUUUAUUUUUGCACUAGUCUUGGUAUUUACUCUUCUGCGAAGAGUAAGAAAAAAGAGGCUGGACACCGCGAAAUGUAUUCCCCCAGGUAUUUAAUAAAUUUGUGAUAAUUUUUUCCCAUUUUGGCAUUUUUGGUAUUCCUUGUUUUGUAUGACUAUUUUGAAUGUUUUUUUUGGCUUUCCAUUAGAAAUAUUGGGCAAGGAAAGAGGAGAGCAAAACCGAAAUGUUAAUUCAGACGGCAACCAAUACACAUUUGCAGAAAUUUUACAUUUCACAAAAAACUUUUCUAACCAGAUUGGCAAAGGUGGAUUUGGAAUUGUGUACCUUGGCAACUUACAAGAUGGAACUCAGGCUGCAGUAAAGUUGCUUUCAGAAUCAUCAACUCAAGGAGUGAAAGAAUUUCUGGCGGAGGCAAGUUGUAAGACUUAAAAUUAGAUAUUUACGGUAGGCUUUGUUAGAAUCUUGGUCACUCGACUUAUUUUGCUUUUGCUUUCAUUUCAGGCAAAAAUCUUAACAAGAGUCCACCAUAGAAAUCUUGUAUCUUUAUUGGGGUAUUGUAAUGAUCCUAGUCAUCUAGCACUUGUUUAUGAGUUUAUGGCUCAAGGUUCCCUUGCAAAACAUUUGGCAGGUAAGUGAGCUUAAAGUUCAUUAGCAAGCAUUUAGUUUUUUUCUAAACACUUUAUUUCCAUAUUUCUGUUACAUCGUAAAUGCUUAAUUUCCUACAUAUAGAUAACAGCAGUGAGAAUAGCAUUUUAAGUUGGAAAAUCAGACUGAGAAUAGCGGUUGAUGUUGCACAAGGUCCGUUGAUAAAUUCUAGCAUUUUGUUAUUUUUAUUUCUUUUUGGCUGGUCCUUACAUGAUAUAAUUGAUAUAAACUCCUACUGUAGGUCUCGAUUAUUUGCAUAGCUUUUGCAAGCCAGCCAUUGUUCAUAGAGAUGUGAAGAGCACAAAUAUUUUAUUAAGUGAAGACCUUACGGCAAAGUUAGCUGAUUUUGGACUAUCUCGAAUUUUCCAUGAUCAAAGAUGUUACCCAUCAACUGCCAUUGCAGGAACCCCAGGAUACCUGGAUCCCGAGUAUGUUUUCCACGUAUCUUAACUUCUUAUUUUCUACUUAUUCAAAUAGGAAUCUUUCAAAGUAUAUUAGAUACUAAGAAAAUAAAUUUUGAAACUUGUGUGAUGGCAGAUACUAUCAAACCUCUGAAUUAAAUGAGAAGACUGACGUUUAUAGUUUUGGAGUCGUACUGCUAGAGCUAAUAACUGGACAGCCGCCAAUUAUUAACGGCUUACAAAAAAUGUCGUUAGUCUCAUGGAUCCACGCACAUAUUGAAAGAGGUGAUAUCACCGCAAUUGUUGAUCAGAGACUUCACGGUAAGUACGAUAUUAAUUCUAUGUGGAAGACAGUUGAGGUUGCGAUGGCUUGUACAACACACAACUCAAACCAAAGACCAAGCAUGAGUGAUGUGGUGAUACAACUGAAGGACUGCUUGAAUGCUAUGGCUUUCUUUGACUCAUCUAGCAAUCUUAAUGCUCAGGAGGAAAGCUUGCUUGGUGUCCUUCCAUCACCGUUGAGCUCUGGGAUAAGCCCAUUAUUGAGAUGA